GAAUAACAUCAAUCUUUAGAGAUAAAACAAGCAACAAUGUCUUCCAACAUCAAACCCCUCAUCCUCCACGCUCACACCACAGGCCCCAACCCCAUCAAGGUUGCCAUCGCCCUUGAAACACUCAAGAUCCCCUACACCCUCAAGCUUUGGGAGUUCGGCGACGACCCUAAGAACGGACUCAAGGGCUCCAACUUCCUCUCCAUCAACGAAAAUGGCCGUGUUCCUGCCCUCGAGGACCCAAACAAUGGUGUUGUGUCUUGGGAGUCUGGUGCAGUCAUGAAUUACAUCAGAAGAAAGUACGAUACCGAGAACAAGUUGGGACCGCAAGGAAAGUCUGAGCAAGAUAUUGUGGACUUUGAAAAGUGGGGGUAUUUCUUGCUUACGACUUUGGGACCGAUGACUGGACAGACCAAUUGGUAUAGACAUUACAACGAGACCAAGAAUGAGGAUGCUUUGAACAGAUAUGCAGCACAAACAUACCGCUGCUACCAGGUACUUGAAGGACAGCUGAAGAAGAGUGGUGGUGAGAGUAUCUUGCCCGGCGGAUAUACGGCUUUGGACGCUCAUUACGAGCCCUGGGUCCGUCAGCACGCCUAUGCCGAAUUAUCGCUUGACGACUAUCCGACCGUCGCAAAGUGGUUGAAGAAGUAUGGCGAGACUGAAGAGGUCAAGGCUGCGUACAAGAAGAUCCAGGAUGCUGCUUCGUAGAAUGGGUUGAGGCAAGACAGCACCUAUGGCCCAACAAGUUAUAGAAUGUACAGUGAUAUGUAAAGUACUGUGCAUUCUAUAACUUACACAUUGAGAGCAAAAGCUUACUGAACUCCGGUCCGGGCACAUAUUGAGCCAGCCAUGACAUUGUGGUAUUUAUGCAAGAUAUUGGCAUGAAAUGUUUUGUUAGCUUUAGUUGACCAUAUUGUCUCAGAAGCAACGCAAUUCACACAUGUCUAUUCGCAAAUAAUCUCAAAGG